AUGCAUUUGCAUCCAUCACCGUCCCUAUCAGACACCAAGGGCUCCCAUCGAGACAGCAGUACCAAGCAGGAGAUAGGUUCUGAUAAGACCAAACAGUGGCGCCCGUCGUAUCAUAUCACCGCGCCUCAUGGAUGGCUGAACGACCCAUGUGGACUAUUAUAUGACCCUUCAACUGGUCUCUACCAUCUGUCUUACCAAUGGAACCCCAAGGGGAACGAUUGGGGAAACAUUUCAUGGGCACACUGUGUUUCAUCCGAUCUACUUACCUGGAAACAAGAUACCGAGCCGUGUCUGGCUCCCUCGGCCGAAUAUGACCGGUGUGGCGUGUUCACAGGCUGUCGGAGAAAUGGUGCAAUCGACGGGGAGCCUGGGACCCUGACCACGGUAUACACCUCCGUGAAAAGCCUACCAAUUCAUUACACGCUGCCCUAUGUCUUUGGCUCUGAAUCCCUCAGUUUGGCAACGUCUAAAGACGGGGGAACAACAUGGCAGCGCAUCGACUGCAACCCAAUCUUGCCGGGCCCUCCCAAACAUCUUCAAGUGACAGGCUGGAGGGAUCCCUUCAUUACUCAAUGGUCAGCUAUCUUAAAGCAACCGGGAGCUAUACCGUCAUCCAACCUUUGCGGGUUCAUUUCUGGAGGUAUCGCUGGGGAAACCCCAACUGUCUUUGUGUACUCAAUCAACCCCCAGAACUUACGGGAGUGGAUUUAUGUGGGACUCCUGGUUCGCAUCGAACCUCGAUCUCAACCUUCACAAUGGUCGGGAGACAUGGGAGUCAACUGGGAGGUCGCCAACUUUGUCUCGCUGACGGAUGACACGAACCGUACCCACGAUUUUGUCAUCAUGGGAGCUGAAGGUACUUCAACGCGAGGCAAACCGCGCAGAAGAGCAGCACGAGCACAGCUCUGGAUGUCCAUCGAUGUCUGCUCAAACACCAAGACGCAGGACCAGGCUCUCGCUACUCUUCCUGAUAACAUGCGGCACGAGCAAGGUUGGAGCGGGGUACUUUCUAUACCUCGAGUUGUGAACAUGAUAACACUGCACUGCGUAAUGCGUGCGCGUUGCUCAGAGCUCAUUGAUAUCACAUCUAUCAAGUUGGAAGUUGACCCCAGAGGGACCUAUACUGUUCGCACCCUGGGUAUCAGGCCCGAUCCCAGAGUCGAGAAGCUUCGAAGCAAGGCGCACAGAAGUUUUCUAGCUGAUAUCUCUCUACAGGGCGCGGGCGACCACCCAACUCCGCCAGAUACCGGUCUAUUCACAAAGACAAGCAAAUGGGAGCUUAAAGCGGAGAUAUUGGUUAGUAACUGCUGCACUGAAGUAGGACUAUUCAUCGAUCAUGGCCUGGAUGCUCAACACCGCACUACUUUGUCCUGGCAAGUGGCCAUAGAGAAAUUCAUCAUCUUACGUCCUUCCUCUAUAGAACCUGAGAUAGACCAUGAUCCCGAGAGUGCGGCACACACCCUGUUCACUUUCGAGACUGAACGGGGUGAGCAAAAGCAGGAGACACUCCGAAUUCAUGCAUUUUGGGAUGCUAGUGUGCUGGAAGUAUUCAUCAACGAACGAACGGUCAUCUCAACCCGAAUCUAUCUCUCGCCGGACAAGCAAAACCAGUCGAGAUUGCACUUCUUCGCUCGGGGAGGGGAUGGCGAGCCAGAUCCUUCGAUGGAGGCCAGUCCUGCCCUUCUAUUGCAGGCGGAUAUAUGGGACGAACUUGAUACGGCAGGUUUACUGUAA